UUUUUUAAAUGCAUUGAAAGUUAAACUACCACCGUAUAAACUUGGUAAAAGUUGCCCGAACGGUUACUUUAAAUUAUAUAAAAUACCGAUUAUCAUUUCUGUUACCGACUAACUGUUCUUGUACUCAAUCACUUGUUUAUAAUUGUAGCUUGCAAGCAGAUGUGCGCGUUUGGAUUUGAAAAUGUACUAUUUUAUUUUAAAAAAUAAUUAGUUAUAAUGCAAAACAAAGUAAUGCAAAACUGCAUACAGAUUAAUUAAGGAGCUGUAAUGAGUGAUUCUGAUGAUACCGAUAUUUUAUUGUUGAUACCACCCGAUUACUAUCUUGCUAAUGCAGAGGAAAAACUAAUAGCAGAAGAUUUAGAAUCUUUGAAAAGAAAGCAACUCAAAGCAUACAAGAAAAUAAAAGACGACUAAAAAUUGCCAGAGACCUGACGAGUAAUUUUCAAGCAAUGGAUUUGGAAAAUAGUAAAGAAGAGGAGUCUUUAUCCGUGCCGCCACCACCGACUUCAAACGCUUAUCAAUUUCUGGCGCCCAGUCGAAAAGCUGAACUGAAUAAUAUAAAUACAAAAUUGCAUUAUUUAGAGCGAGAAGAAAUGGCUUAUAUAGACAACCCCUCAGAUAUUUCGAGCAUAUCAGCAAACACGAUAAAAACACAGUUUGGCCCUUCUAAACACAAUAGAGAACAAGUGGGAAUGGUUCACUCAACUCCUAAAUGUAUGGACACUUCUUUCAAACAACCUAUUGCUUCUAAGAAAUCAAAUAUUGUACAGGAGUGCAAGGAUGAUGGUGUAUUGUUAGAAAUUGAUAAUUUCCUGUCAAAUGAUCGGGUUUCCGCAAAUAGCGGUGAUUACUGGCAACAAAGACACAGUGAUGAAUAUAGUGCUAAAGUACAACAACGGCUGCCAAAUAUGGAAUACCAAUAUCAGUCACAUGGGAAUAACAUGCGGACAUCUAUUCAUACAGGAUCAGCAGACAAAGUUCAAACGUCCGACAAUCAUAUGUCAAAAACCGAAAACAACCUUAUAAGCCUAAGUGAAAUUUGGGGGAAAAGUGGCCAAUCCACAGCUAUAGCAACAUCAUCGCAGUCGAAUUUAAAGGAGGAGCAGCUGAGGAGGCAGCAUUUGGAGAAGACAGUGAGACAGUUGCAAUCGCGAUUAUUAGAAUAUCAGCAAAGGUUAUCGGUUGCCAUUGAAGUUGAUCGAACAAAAGAUAAUGCUCUGAAUAAUGUACAAAUGGAAAAUAAAAGUCUCUCACAAGAGCUGCAACAAAUACAGCAAAAUCUGCAGUCUUAUGAACAGCAACGUAAGCAAUAUGACGAAAAGAUGGAAGCCCUACAAAAAGAACUUGCACAAGCUGUUAGUUUGGCAACAAAAUUUCAGGAGAAAAAUGAGAGAAUGGAGAUGGAGCUAACCAACUACACAAGGAAAUCGAAUGAGUCGUCCACUCACUACAAACAGAAAAUGGAGGAGUUAGAAAUACAAGUUCAUGCAUGUAAGAGAUCUGAAGAAAUGUCCCUUAAUGAGUUACAAAAGUUGAGAGACAAAUAUGCCAAGUCCGAACAUUUAUAUGAAAAAAUUAAACUAAAGUGUGAAGAACUUGAAAAGGAGAAUUCUACAUUGAGACAUCAGAAAGUGUUGCAUGAAUAUCACCAAAAACAAAAGUCAAGAGCUGAAUUGGAAAACCAAAGGAAAUCACUACAAGAAUCGUUAGCUCAUUUAACUGAAAACGAGUGCACUCUUAGGAAAAAAUUAGACGUACAACAAAAGUCCCUUAAGUGUCAUUAUCAACAACAACUGGAAAAUGUAGUUUCACAGAAGCUGAAAGAGUUUCAGGAACAACUAGAUAGAACUGAAGAAAAUCUGAGAACAGAAGCGCGAGAGCGUGAACGAUUGAUAGCGGAACGUGCUGUCAAACAGUUCGAAUUGAUAAAUGAGAAAAAUGAAUUAGAGUUAAAACUAUUGCAAGAAAAACAAAAGGAAGAGGUUGAAGAUCUAGAACUAAAAUUGAGUCUGUAUAAAUCCAAAAGGGCUGACAUUGCUGAAAAACUACACAAUGUAAUGGAAACUCAAUGGCAAAAAGCAUUGGAAAUAUUGACAUCGCCGAAUCUAACACGAUUAACUCAACUCGAGACAACGGAUAAUGAGUCACCUGAUGGCAAUGAAACACAUAACAAUGCAUUGUUACAACAACAAAAUCACCAGAAUCACUAUGAAACACCGAAAACUAGUAAAAAGGAAAAUAAUCUUAAUCUUCCAAAGAAUACAUCUCCGCCUGUGGAUAAACUGCAAGCUUACAUUGAAUUGCUGCUUUCGAAAUCUCCAAGCGAUUUUGACAAACUGAAUGAAAUUUUAUCAUUAACAUCCAAAACUAAACAAUCGAAAGAAAAAUUGGACAAGAAUGCAAAACGUUACUGCCAGUCCCGCCAGCCGCCGUGGAAGUCAUAAAUAUUUUUUAUUUUAAAAGUUUUUUUAUUCAUAUAUUAUGACGAUGUUUUUUAUUUUUAGAGUAAAUGUAUAAAGUGUUAGAAAAAUAAUUGUAUAAAAUAAAUUGAUUAUGUCACAAACCACUACAAUAACCAGAGUUAAUUUUUACCUUAAACCUGAAAAAAAUGCUUUAUAAGUUGGAUAAAGUAAAGCUUCCCUAAUUUAAUAUGUUUUUUUGUUCAUCUUAAACAUUAGUGUUUAUUGGAUAACACGUUAGCGAUAAAAUUCGCAAUCCAUUUAAUGUUACUCUUUGCAUUUGCUGUAAAAUUAAAGUUCGUCUCACUUGGUUAAUUUGGAUUAUAUGGGAAAAUUUAAAUUCAAAGACAAUUUUGUUGCCACUUUAACAUUUUCUAUUAUUCAUAUUUCGUUUG